UACGCUGUUCGCUCGGCACGGGCGUCAGCAGCGUGGGCGAAUCCAGUGAAUCUAGAAGGCCGGGACUGAAUGAGUGGGAAAACGCCAAAAUUAUUCUAAACAGGCGUCAAAUCAUGCAUUCCCCGCAGGCUGUGUCGGUGUCGGCUAGCAUAGAAAACUUGCUUGGCUGAGUUGAUUCCGAAAGCUCUCAUCCAACCUAUCUACUGCUGUUUUCACAUCAUCGGUUGGUAGGUAUCGGUGCAAAACAUUUGAAAGGAAACUAAUUCACUGUCUUCGCGGAGGUAAUCCACCCGCUGCCGGCGUAAUGGGGUGCUCAGGCUCCAGCACCCGUCCCAUGGCGCGGCCGAUCGACCCGCCGACUGACCGUCGCCGGCGGCGCUGCACGGCCGCUGUGCACGGCUGCCAUCGAUUCGACGCUCGCCCCCUCCCCCCGUCGGAGCCGACGUAGCCGUCACUGUCGCGGCGCGGCCAGUCGAGUCGCGUGCUGGGGAGUAGCGCGGAGCCGCCGGCAGCAGGGGAGCGGGUGAGUCACCGGCCCGGCGUCACCGCUGAGGGGACGUGCCUUUACCGACGUGCUUCGCUUCUGACUUGACAGUCGGUAAAGUUAAGAAAUACAGCGGCUCCGCUGGGAUGUAACGGCCGGGAUCGGUGAAGGACUGACCACAGGACUCGUAGUUCCGUUUCUCCGCGCCGUGAGAUGCCCGUCCGUCGCGGCGACCAGGGCGGCGGAGGCGGCCCGUCGCGCUUCCUGUCACUGUUCCGGAGGAUGAGGGCCGACGCCGACCCCGUGCGGCUGGUGCACACCGCCGGAGACGAACCACCAUCUCCUGAUGCCAAAUCACCGCAUGAUACGAUAAAUGAGUCGGACUCUGAAUACGACCCGGAUGGAGAUCGGCUGCGGGCCUCCCGGGAGGACAACCCGUUCCUGCGGCGCCUAUCAGAGGACUGUCUGGACGACCGGGGGCCGGGAGAGCACGAGCCUCCCCGCCGGCGGACGAGCUCGGCGGGCGCUGGCGACCCGCUGUCAGACGCCCAGCUCCACUCCCGACUGGUGCGGAGCCCGCCGCCCAGCCGCAGCAGGAGGCGCACGUCGCCCUUCUUCGAGAUACACGAGAAGGCCAAAAUUGUGGUGAUACCGACGUCUCAGCUGCGUCCCCUGAAGACGCGGCAGCGAGAGGACGUCAUGGACCGUAACCUCCAGUACAUACUGAAGACGCAGCAGGCACUCCCCGUCAGGAGAGACCCAUCGGCCGACCAGGCGCUGUCUCGGCGACUGAGUGGGGCCACGGCGCCCCCUCUGGCCCCGCGGGCCAUCAGCGCCCUCAGUGUGCGCUCCGGUCGCCUGUCGACUGACCGCACCUUCGACCAGCUCUCCGCCGCCGCCCUCAGCGUCAGCUUCGAGUCAAAGGACCAACUGCGGACCAGCAACGCUAGAGAGAGGCUGCGGUACAGUCUGGACAACACGCCCCGGGCCAGCCCCCAGCCGUCGUCCGGCGGCACCUCCUCCGGUUCCAACUCGACAGAAACCGAACAUCUACUCAAACCAAAGGUGUCAUAAAGCUACAUAUGUAGCAAGAAGAUGCUCCAGUCAUGUGUUGUGUCAUAUGGAACACAUAACCAUAUCAAAGAUAUCAACGUAAAUGAUCUCAUGAUAAAAUCUCGAAAGAAAAUGUGGUAAAGCCGUCAACGUUUGUAUGUGUCAUGUAGGGUUGUUCGCGAGUGUGCUAAUGUGCUGUAUGAGUGAUCUGAUAUUGUUUUAAAAGUUUGUGUGCCGAUGGUAGAUGUUUACAUGAGGUCACACUGUGCCACUACCAAUUGUUCGUUGUGUGGGGUGUUUCUGUUUCGAUAGGGAGUGGAUCUCAG